AUGCCCCGUGGUCGUGCCCUGCCUCGCCCACAGCCACCGCUGCCGGUCGCCCCUACCCCGUGCCCCGCCUGCCGAGCCCUUGCCCGCGCCCCUCACUACCCUGCCUCGCCGACGCUGCUGCAGCUCGCCGGAACCGCCGCUCGCCUCGUCUCCGCCCUCUCCUCCCUCCCGUGGCGCCGCCCUCCCCCGCCUCCCUUGUCCGGCGUCGUGGGCGCCGGCGGCCUCGCCACGCCCGUGGCUAGCGCCCCCCCUGCCCGUCGAUUUGGGCGCCCGCCCAGUCGGGCCACGACGCCCGACGCCCGGCUCCGCCCAGCACCCGACGCCCGCUAA